AUGAAAUUCUCCCAACCACAACAUCAUUCCCUUUCUCUCUCUCUUCCCUGCACCUCCGUUGUUGGAGCUUCAAUUUUCGAUGAAUCUAGCAUCAUCAGGAAAUGUAUCUUAGUGGGUGGAUUUGGAUUCUUCCAUUUUGAUGGCAAAAGGUGGAAUAAGAGCCAAGCUGCGGCGGAGCAGCCUCUACACAUUAGCCAACAUCCGGUCAAAACCAUCGUACAAGAAAGAGAAGCCGGCGGAGAGUUAUCAGGUUACCCCCGUGUCAUCCAAGUCAACCGACCCCUCGUCCCAGAAGAAGACACCCCAACUUUCUGCUCAAAUUACGUCUCCACCACCAAAUACACAUUCUUCAACUUCCUCCCAAUCGCCCUUUUCGAACAAUUCAACCGCGUCGCCAAUUUUUACUUCCUGGUGGCCGCCGGUUUAACCUUCACCGACUAUGCCCCCUUCGAUUGGCCCAGCCAAGUCGUACCCUUAGCCUUGGUCGUCGGUUUCAGUCUCGCCAAAGAAUUGUAUGAAGAUCUUCAAAGGUAUUGGCAGGACAAGGCGGCAAAUCGUCGGGACACCGCUGUGCAUGUCGGAAACGGUGUUUUCGAGAAGAAACAGUGGCGGGAGGUUUGUGUUGGUGAUAUUGUGAAUGUAAAAAAAAGAUGA